CGUUUGUAAGAUAAAUUUAUACAUGAUUCAGCUCAGCUGGACAAAACAUUGACAACAUUCUAGAACUUCACAUUUUUCAAGAAUUUCACCAACAAGAUGUAUAGUUUUGAAGGAGAUUUUCGAAGAAAACCAGUUCAAUCUUUAAGAGGGGCUAGUAAAAAGGAACAAACAGAUUCCUUACUAACAAGAGCAAAGGCAGAGCGAGAGAGAAGGGAGGAAAUAAGACAAAGGCAUAGCUCAUCAUUAAAAAUUCAGUCUGCUUAUCGUGGACAUGUUGUAAGGAAAAGACAGAGGGAAAUCCUUCGAGAUGAGUAUGAUAAACUUAUGAGCAGAGGGAUUGCUGACCCAGCAUCUAUCUUCAAUGCCAUCAGGAGACUUUGUUAUUUCUACAGGACAGACUCUGGAAAAGAUCAGGACAGACUGAUUCAGCUUUGCCAGACUGUCAUCAAGCAGAAAGAUAUGAUCAAGUCAUCAGUGACACAGAGUGGGAAGUCUGGUGUUUUUCUUCUCCAGCAUCUUCUGUUACUGUGUCUGAAGAACCUGCAGAAUGCUUCUGACACUCGAUCUUGGGGUCCUCCAAUGAGAAUGCUGGAAAUAUUUACUUCUGUGGAUACCUUUAAAGACAAAAAGAAGCUUUUGGGAAACAUUUGGAUAUUUCUUAUUAAAAAGGAAUAUUUUGGAUCAAUGAGACAUCUGUUGGAAGCCAAAGUACCACAAAGUUUGGACAAAUCUCCCACUCCACCCACCCCUCAGGCAGAGAGCAUCUUUAACAUGAUCAUUAGCCCUAUUCAGUUUGCUGUUAUGUCAAAAGAUAAGGAAUUUAGUGAUUUGGUACUGAAGAGUGCCUGUUUUUACCUGUUUUGCCCUGCUUACUCUGAACAAGUGGAACAGUUCCUGAUUCCUGCCAUGGUUUACAGUAAAUUCCCCUUCCCCUUUGUGGAGCUGAUACAGUCUCUCCUUCAGCAGACCUCCCCCACCCCAAACUCCUCAAAAAGGUCAAAUGUCAUUGAACCAUCUCCAUGGCUUCUGGGAUCUGUAAUUGCUUUUGCAGACAAAAAUAUUGAGAGUUUGAGUGUUAGUGAUGCCGCAGACUUUUUGUCGGUACUUAAGACACUACUACCACACCUACCAGCUGGUGUGUUAGAGUCCAACAAUGACAGUGACAGUGACAGUAGUGAUGAGGAGGAUUCUGUGGUUAUGAUCUCAAAGGAAUUGCGCGAAGUUGCUGAAGAAUGUGUGAAGUUUUUAAAUUCCCAGAAGUUUGUGCGCUGUGUGGUGAAAUGUUUAAAUCAAGAAAUGGACGCUCAUCUUCUCUCCUCUGUCUGUCUGAUAUGUCAUUCUCUCAUGCUACAACAGCAUAUCUCCAUUCACAGACUUAGGUUAUUGUAUAGUUUAGCUUUUAACACAAAAUUUAUGAAAGCGUUAUGGAUAACCUGUACUCGUGUAUCCAACACUACAGUCACAGGAUCCCAGAUUACAUUGCUACAGACACUGUCUCGUGGACUGGAGAUGUCGGAUGAGGACAUGCAGAGAAUUGUCCCCCUGCUCUCUGUCUUCUGUUCCAUGUUUAGUCACUCACUUUAUACCCUUCAUGAUGCAGACUUCUAUGGAGACAUGAAAAGCAGCAAGGAUAGCAGCAUGCCCUUCUCCUUGAGGGAGCUGGUGCCCAUGGUGUUAAUGCUCAGGGACACCUGUCUGGGGAUCAUAGAACUGGCCCACCCUGAGACCCAGAGGAGUCUGACCGAAGACUAUAGAGAGGCUCUCCGCAGGACCGCCAUGAAGGAUCCUCGCGACUGGUCGGUCAACAACAAAGAAACCCCUUAUAGACACACCAAAACAUGGGCAUAUUUGUUCAAGGUCAUUGCGACCCUAGUCAGACAGCUUUACACCAGAGAUUCCAGAAGACGAUUCUGUCCUCCUAACUCCUGGCUGUCUGACAGGGUACAGAUACAUGCUGAUAAGCCAUCCCAGAUGUACAGAGCUAGAGGAUCCGUCUUCUGCCGGCGUCCAUUUGGCACGAUGAGGCACCUCACUAAAGUACAGAUAGAUGAUGAUGGUCCUCCAUUAUCGAACACAGAUGUCAAGAAUCUGGUGAUACUCACUGAACUCCCAUUUGUUGUUUCAUUUGAGGAAAGAGUCAAGAUUUUACAGAAGCUUAUACAGAAUGACAAGGAUGAGAACCAGGGUGACGCCCACAACUUCCUGUCUGGUCCCUCCAUUAAUGUGUCCAUCCGACGGAACUACAUCUAUGAGGAUGCUUAUGACAAACUCUCACCAGAAAACGAACCAAACCUUAAACUUAAAAUGAGAGUGCAGCUCAUGAAUGCAGCAGGAUUAGAUGAAGCUGGUAUAGAUGGUGGCGGAAUUUUCCGAGAAUUUCUGUCGGAGCUCCUAAAGACAGGAUUUGAUCCAAACAGAGGCUUGUUUCUAAUGACAACAGACAGGUUGCUGUAUCCAAAUCCACAGUCUGUGUCUCUGAUGGAAAAAUAUACCAAGCAUUACUACUUCCUGGGACGCAUGCUGGGCAAGGCCAUCUAUGAAAACAUGCUGGUGGAAAUUCCUUUUGCUACUUUCUUUUUAUCCAAAAUUCUUAGUCGACACGGAGGUGACUUGGACAUUCAUCACCUGGCUUCUCUUGACCCUGAAAUGUACAGGAACUUGCUGUCACUGAAGACAUUAAAUGGUAAAGAAGUGGAGGAUCUAGGUUUAAAUUUCACGACAGUAGAUGACAAUUUUGGAAUUAGAAAGGAGGUAGAUUUGAAAUAUAAUGGAAGAAAUAUUACUGUGACCGAGGUAAACAAAAUAGAGUACAUACACCUAAUGGCAGACUACAAAAUCAACAAGCAGAUCAGAACGCACUGCACAGCGUUCAGGCAGGGCAUGGCCGACCUAAUUAACUUGGAGUGGCUGCGGAUGUUUGACCACCAUGAGCUUCAGACGCUGAUAUCUGGUGCUAUGAUCCCUGUCAACAUUCAGGACCUGAAGCAACACACACAUUACUCAGGGGGCUAUACAAUAAAUCACCCAGUCAUACAGAAUUUCUGGGAUGUGGUAGAAAACUUCACAGACACUCAGAAACGUCAACUUCUGAAGUUUGUCACAAGCUGCUCAAGACCUCCACUGCUAGGCUUCAAGGAUUUGUUUCCAGCAUUCUGUGUCCAUUUUGGAGGAAAUGAGGAGGACAGACUCCCCACAGCAAGCACCUGUAUGAACCUUCUAAAGCUGCCCGAAUUCCAUGACAAAGAGACCCUCAGAACCAAACUCACAUAUGCCAUUGAGUCAGGGGCAGGGUUUGAACUGAGUUGAUUUUCAGGAUUCCACCAUGCUCAUACUCAAACCAGUUUUGUACUUACUAUUCUUAAGUCACUAAGUUGAUUGUUGAAUCGAAUCAAAUUCAAAAAGUCUUUUUCUGUGAUUUCUUUUUUUUGUUACAGUCCUUGAAACCAUUUUCUAAUACAAAUACAUGUACAUGUAGUUGGUUUUGUUUAAAUGUCAGCAAUGUGGGGAGGAAUUUGAUGGAUGUGUGAUUUGCAUUGAUGUUAAAAUUAUUCAGAAUUUGUUCAUGAAAUACUGUUAUAUACUGUUAACUUGUCAUAUUUUUUUUCUCAAGACAAUUGUUAGAUAAUUCUGUAUUUUAAUGUGAUGAAACAAUAUUUAUUUUGAAUUUUUUUUUAAAUUUAAGUUGCUGGAAGAUACCCUGAAUACUGUGAAUUUUAUUUUGUAUUUAAAUACAUAUUCAUAAAUAACAUAAAAAAUAUUUUAAUAUUACUAAACUUGAAAAGUUAUAAAAGUAAAUUGUAAUAAAUUUGUUUAUUGAUUAUUAUAUAAUUUAAAAAAAAUGAAUUUGUUAAGAUUUAUGAUGAUACUGAUAUUAGGAUCACAACCUAUUUGGACUUCAUUGUGCUUCCAACUCUUGGAUUUACAUUCGUCUAUAAAACUUUUCUCAUUUAAUGUUUUUAAAUAUAAUACAUGUAUGUUUUUAUUUGUUAUUAAAAAUAACUACAAUAAAAA